CAGGACACAGCGGGGAUGCGGAGGUGGAGAGAUGCGGGCGCAGUCGGGAUGGGAGAGGGCGCGUUGAGGAGGGAGCCCGCUCACUAACUAUGGAAAUUCAGCCUGCACGUUUUCGGAAUAAGGAGUUAAAGACUUUACACAUCGCGCUCUCUGUCUCGCUCCCUCUCUCUGUCUGCCUCUCUUUUUUCCAAAGGAGAGACUUGCAUGCAGGAGGUGGAAGAUCGCAGGUCCAGCCUGGAGGACGGGAUAGAGGCAGAGAAUAUCUCAUCUAAUUCCACUUCUCAGAGCCAGUACACCCAGCUCGCUAUCUGGGGUCUGGCCGGACUUGUCAGCUUUCUGAUUUUGUUUACAAUAGUCGGGAAUGUCUUGGUUGUUAUCGCCGUUUUAACGAGCAGAGCUCUGAAACCACCCCAGAAUCUUUUUCUUGUCUCCCUGGCCAGUGCGGACAUACUGGUGGCCACCCUGGUCAUGCCCUUUUCUCUGGCAAAUGAACUCAUGGGCUACUGGUUUUUUGGGAAAAUUUGGUGUGACAUCUACCUGGCUCUGGACGUUUUAUUCUGCACCUCCUCUAUUGUUCAUCUGUGUGCAAUUAGUUUGGACAGGUACUGGUCAGUGACACAGGCGGUAGAGUAUAACUUAAAGAGAACACCUAAAAGAGUUAAAGGGAUGAUUGUGGUGGUGUGGCUGAUCUCAGCUGUCAUCUCCUUCCCACCGCUGAUAUCAAUGGACAGGAGCAGCAGUGAGGCCAAUCCCCAGUGUAUCCUGAAUGAUGAGACCUGGUACAUCCUAUACUCCAGUAUUGGCUCAUUCUUUGCCCCCUGUGUCAUCAUGAUCCUGGUCUACAUUCGGAUUUACCAAGUGGCAAAGACCAGGACCAGAACAAUGUCAGAGAAGAAGAGGGAUGUGGACUCGCCACUGGAGAAUGGGAUGGACCAAGCCGAAGCAGGCAGAGGAGGGUCACAAAAGUCCACCAGGGACGGGAGCAUGAAAGAUCAGGAACGUGAGAACGGGCACUGCCAAGAGCAGGUGGUUCGAUCCCCUCUACCAAACGAGCCCAAACACCCACCUACAGACCACGAUGAUGACUUCGACGACAGCAGCUCGUCAGACGAGAAACCUAAGAAAAGUUCCUCUAAACAUCACCGUAACGACAAAAAAGACAGGAAGUCCAGCCGGAAAAGCAGCUCCGCCUCUAAAUACUCCAGCAGGAAGUCGCGUGCCAGUUCCAAGUCUAUGGAGCUUUUCUCAUCUCGCCGCAAACGCCGGAGCACCGUCAAUCGCAAGAAAGUCUCCGCUGCUAGGGAGAAACGCUUCACCUUUGUCCUCGCUGUCGUCAUGGGCGUUUUCGUCGUGUGCUGGUUUCCUUUCUUCUUUUCCUACAGCCUGUACGGAAUCUGCCGGGAGCCGUGCCAGAUACCUGAGACACUGUUUAAGUUCUUUUUCUGGAUUGGUUACUGUAACAGCUCAUUAAACCCGGUCAUUUACACCAUCUUCAACCAGGACUUCCGCAGAGCCUUCCAGAAGAUCCUCUGUAAGUCAUGGAAACGCUCUUUCUGAAUGCUUCCUGCAUGAUGAUAGGGUUGUAUUAGACAUUUUACCCAGCAGACAGAUUUUUACUGAUCUGAGCUUUAGGAUGAAGUGCUGGCCUGGGGGAGCUUUCAGACCUUUACUUUCAGGGAUGCACUAAGAAAUGAAGGAACGAUUGAACUAAGGCGCAGAAAAGGGGUUCAGGAAGGCUAUUCAGGCUGCUUUUGAACUGUGAUAUGGGCUUCAGCUCAUUUCCCCCCCUACUCAUCGACUUCUUCCCCCUUCACUGACAUACAACAAACUGACUCGGAACAGUUACUGUGAUGCAUGCACACCACAGUGGCUGCACUUGGAGGAACUGCACAGGAGGCAAAAGGUUUACAGAGACACUCGAUUUUACAAUGUGACCUCAUUCACUGAAUUUACCUGUAUUGCGAAGGCCUUGACAAUCUCCACACAACCGUUGCUUGUGACAUUAGAUAGUGGCGUCUAUCUUCUCUUUCUGUCUCUAACUCGACUUUUUUCUCUACCUUUCUAUUACGUCACACUCUCGACAUGAGGACCAAUGGGACGAAGGGGCUCCUUGCUAACUGUUUCAGUAGCAAAACAGUUUCAUUAAAAAACAAACAAAAGAAAAACUACAAAAAAAACCUAAAAAGUCAUGUUUCUGCUUCAGUGUUCUGUAUGGGGCUCAAAAAUGUCUGAACUGGGAGCUGCAGUGGAAACUUUUUAUCGGGACGUGUAGUUUUUUUUU